CUCGGCGCCCCAGGGGCGGCGGAGGUGCCGGGAGCCAUGGUGAUCAUGUCGGAGUUCAGCGCGGCCCCGUCGGGUGUGGGCCAGGGCCAGCAGAAGCCGCUCCGGGUGGGCUUUUACGAUAUCGAGCGGACCCUGGGCAAGGGCAAUUUCGCGGUGGUGAAGCUGGCCCGGCAUCGAGUCACCAAAACCCAGGUAGCAAUAAAAAUAAUUGAUAAAACACGCCUAGAUUCAAGCAAUUUGGAGAAAAUAUAUCGUGAGGUUCAGAUCAUGAAGCUUCUGAAUCAUCCCCAUAUCAUAAAGCUGUAUCAGGUUAUGGAAACAAAGGAUAUGCUUUACAUUGUCACUGAAUUUGCAAAAAAUGGAGAAAUGUUUGAUUACUUGACUUCCCACGGGCACCUCAGUGAGAAUGAAGCACGGAGGAAGUUCUGGCAGAUUCUGUCAGCCGUGGAGUACUGCCACAGCCAUCACAUCGUGCACCGGGACCUCAAGACCGAGAAUCUGCUGCUGGACGCCAACAUGGACAUCAAGCUGGCAGACUUUGGAUUUGGGAAUUUCUACAAGUCAGGGGAGCCUCUGUCUACAUGGUGUGGGAGCCCCCCGUACGCAGCCCCAGAAGUCUUCGAGGGGAAGGAGUACGAAGGCCCUCAGCUCGACAUCUGGAGCCUCGGUGUUGUGCUGUACGUCCUCGUCUGCGGCUCUCUCCCCUUCGAUGGGCCCAGCCUGCCAGCCCUGCGGCAGCGGGUGCUUGAGGGCCGGUUCCGCAUCCCCUUCUUCAUGUCUCGAGACUGUGAGACGCUGAUCCGCCGCAUGCUGGUGGUGGACCCGGCCAAGCGCAUCAGCAUCGCCCAGAUCCGGCAGCACAGGUGGAUGCAGGCCGACCCCACCCUGUGUCUCACCCGCCCCACCAGCACUGCGCUCAGCUACAACUCCAACCUGGGUGACUAUGACGAACAGGUGCUGGGCAUCAUGCAGACCCUCGGGGUGGACCGGCAGAGGACCGUGGAGUCACUGCGGAGCAGCAGCUAUAACCACUUUGCGGCCAUCUAUUACCUCCUGCUGGAGCGGCUGAAGGAGUACCGCAACAGCCCGCCGUCGGCCCGACCCGUCCCAGCCCGGCAGCAGAGGCCUAGAAGCUCUGAUCACAGUGGUUUGGAGGUGCCUCCGGAAAGCCUCCCGGGUGAUGUUUUCCGGUCCUCCCUGCUGUGCCCGCAGCCCCAGACCUUGGGCCAGUCCAUCCUGCAGGCCGAAAUGGACUGCGACCUCCACAGCUCGCUCCAGUGUCCCUUGCUCUUCCCUGUGGAUGCCAACUGCAACGGUGUGUUCCGGCAUCGCUCGGUGUCCCCCAGCAGCCUGCUGGACACAACCAUCAGUGAGGAGGUUAGGCAAGGCCAGGGCCUGAAGGAGGAGCCAGAGGCCCAGAGGCCCCUGCCUGGCAGCACGGGCCGGAGGCACACGCUAGCCGAGGUCUCCACCUUCUCCCCGUGCACCCCUCCAUGUAUAGUCAUCUCCUCCUCCGUGGCGAGUCCUUCGGAAGGCACCAGCUCUGACAGCUGUCUGACCUCGGCGGGUGACGGCCCAGCGGGGCUUAGCGGAUGCCUGGCUGCUCAGGGGCUGGUGGGCACCUGCUCCCCGCUCAAACUGGCCUCACCGCUGCUGGGGGCCCAGUCUGCCACCCCAGUGCUACAGGCUCAGGGGGCCCUGGGAGGAGCUGCCCUGCUCCCCAUCAGCUUCCAGGAAGGCCGGAGGGCUUCGGACACCUCACUCACUCAAGGCCUGAAAGCCUUCCGGCAACAGCUGAGGAAGAAUGCGAGGACCAAGGGGUUUCUGGGCCUGAACAAAAUCAAGGGACUGGCUCGCCAGGUGUGCCAGCCCUCUUCCAGUCGGGCCACACGGGGUGGCCUGAGCGCCUUCCAGUUGCCCACACAGAGCACGGGCCUGCAUGGCAGUGGGGCCAGUGGCCGGGAGGGCAGGAGCCUACUGGAGGAGGUGCUGCACCAGCAAAGGUUGCUCCAGUUACAGCACCAGCCAGCAGUCCUGCCCAGCUGCCAGCAGGCUCCACAGCUGCCCCCAGUCCCACUGGUCCUGACCACUUGUGACAGUGCCCUCCUCAUGUCUGGACUCCAGAAGGAGCUAGGGCUGGGACCUGGCCCGAUGCUGCCACCCCACCUCCUCCAGGCCGGGGUCUCCCCGGUGGCCUCAGCAGCCCAGCUCCUGGACACCCACCUGCACAUCAGCACUGCCACGCCACCCCUCCCCGCCGCCACACCCCUGCAGCCACACUUUGCCAUGCUGCCCCCGGGUUUUGACCCCAUGGGGCUGCCGCAGGGGGACUGUGAGAUGGAGGACUUGACCUCCGGCCAGCUGGGCACAUUUGUCCUGGUGCAGUGAGGGACACCACCCGCCACCCUCUUCCCGCAUGGGCUGCCGACUCCUCGAAGCAAUAAUCUCAGAGUAUGUGAAGACGAUUCUAGACUCAAAGCCAAUAACUUCCUAGAAGCAAAACAAGCAAUACGUUUGGUGUUUUGGCUUUUUAGUUUAUUUUUUUGUUUUAUUUUCUUGCACUGAGCAAUUGCUACCAUGAGUAGGGACUGGAAAGUUUCUGAAGAAAAAUAAUACUUGCGGGUGUGCCGUGGGGGUGGGUGGACAGGAGGGGGAGAAGGGAGAGGACAGGGCUAGCAGUGCUCCACUGUGAAUCGGGGGCUGCAGGAGGGCACCAUCAGCGCCCUCGCCCCUGGCAUGCUGCGUCACGGAGGGCGUGGCCUGGGACGAAGCCACGGGGGAGCCGACGCCGAGGAAGCCAGCGAGUGCGUCUCUACCGCGUGUGCGUCUCCACCGCGUGCGCGUGCAGCGUUGAGUCGUAGCCUUUGUCACUGGACAGUUCUCCACUUCCUGAAACGUCUAUGCUUCGAGCGGAAGCUGUGAACUUCGUGCUCUGUGUACCGGUCUGUAGCAGCUCCAACAGCCAGCCCUGGAGAGGGUAAUCUGCAGGUCCUUGGGAUUUUGUCCCCUGAAGUCAGAAUACAGAGGAUCACUUUUUCUUCUUUUAGAUGAGAAGUUUCAUAAAAUGCUCGAUGGUGGGUUCCGGGAGUCUUCCGAGGAGCCACGAGGAAGAACCUCAAAGGGGCGGGCUGGCUGCGGGGUAGGCUCUGUACGGGCACUUGGCAUAGGGCCCGCAAGGGAAGUUACCUCCUGCCGUACAUCUUAUUUCCGCUGCUAAUUAAGUUUUUAUGCAUUUCAUUAUCAGGGUCCAAAAAGAACAACUGACUGGGGGGAUGUGCAAUACGGUGAGGCCGGGCGGAGAGGAGCGGGCGUGAGGCCUGCUCGGGUCGCUCAAUGGGCGGCCGCCUUCCCCAGGCCUGCACCUGUCAGGCUUCUUUCAAGAAAAAGAUGAGAGGUCAGGUCAUUCAAGUUGUGUUUCUUUUUAAGCAAAUACUGUACAUGUGUAUAAAUAGACAGAUAGACACUACUUAUUUUUUAUAUUUUUUACUACACCUUUGUGUUCCUGGUUUAAAUUCCCCUCUGGCAAUGUUACAAAGUGCGACACCAGGUCCGUGUGGAGGAGGAGACAAGGUGCGCCCUGCCUGGCAGGUAGCCUCAGGUGGUGGCCCAGGGGCCACGGGCUCUGCAGUGAAGGCAGGACCGCUACAGCGAGCUCCUGCUGCCCGCUCGGCGCUGGGCCCUGACCCCGGUGCCUGCCGCCCCCUUGGCUCGUACACCCUCAGUAUUAAACGUGGUGACGGCCGGGGGAGGUGGGCAUUUGUAAAAGCCAAAGAUCACCGGAGUUUCUGGAGGGUGGGGAGGUGGUCCAGAGGGGUCACCGCCCCUGCCGCCCUGUGUCUGCCCAGCUUGCUGCUACUGCCCCUCCCACCGCCACCACUGCUGCUCUGGCGGCUUCAGUGACGGGGCGAAGGACUGUCCUUGCACCUGCCACUGAGAACUCUCCCAAGCCUCCACCGCUCGGAAGGUUGGGGACAGAACCCGGCAUCAUGGGGCAGCUGGGCCUCUGCUUCCAUCGCACAGAGGCAGCAGCACGUGAUCCAACACAGAACCCGCUCCCCUUUGGGAUCAGUUUCUGUUCUAACGCCAGAGAUCAAAGGCCUCAGAACCAUGACAAGCACUUUACUUUCCCGUGGUUUUCUUUCUCGUUGCUGUAAGUCAAGGUGUGUGUCUUGUUUUUAGUGUGUGUGACGUGUUUUAUAGGUUUCUCCACAGUGCUGUUCUCGAAUGAAUGCAGUAGCCUGUUAAAGGCACUCUGCGAGCUGAUUAAGAUGUAUAUGGUUUGUUUUUGUUUUUUACCAUAACUGAAUUAAUUGUUUUGUUUCUUAUGUUAACAUGAGAAAUGUAUGCCAAAUGAUUAGUGGAUGUAUGUUUUUUAAUUUAAUAUUUAAAUAAAAUA